AACGAAGAAUUGCACUCGUGGAAUGUGCAAUUGGUGUGUGGUGAAUUUGUGAUGUUUGAAAUAAUUGCAUGGAGAAUCCAAUUGUAAAGGAUUUAUGCGAAUGGCUAUGCAAAGCACCGAAAUGUACAACAUACAGAGUAAACCUUUUACAAGCGAAUGCAGAAGUAUUGAAAAAUCAGCUCGAAGCAGAAUUACUGAAGAAGUAUCCGAACCCGCCUAAAGUUCACAUCAGCUCACAAUUUCCAGAAUUAAUUUCAGUAUCAAAUUUGCAUUCCGUCGAGAGUCAAAAUAGUAGUCCACAGGAAGGACUUAACGAAAUCAUCGUCGACACAAGUUGUGGGGCCUCUAUUUUGCGAGGAGCUCACAUAUACGCUCCCGGCGUAAUGGCAAUGAGAAGCGGCACUAAAGUUGGCGAAAAUGUAAAUGUUUACACCGACAUUGAAGCGAAAUGCAAGAAAGGAACCAGCGCCGUAUAUGAAUCAGCAAUGAAGACGUUUCUGGGAAUUGGUACAGUGCGAAUGGCAAGAUAUCAACUGUUUGGGGAAAAUAUUGAUCCUAGAGGCAUCGCUGUUGAAAUGAACCACACAAUUUCCGGAGUUCCUUCAAUAGGCGACCUUUCAUCUCCAACAGCUCUACUUCAAAAUUUCCCGUCAAUUGUUUGCGGUCGUGUUCUCGAUCCCCAGCCAAAUGAGACCAUUCUCGACAUGUGUUCUGCCCCAGGAAAUAAAACCACUCACUUGGCAGAGCUAAUAAAGGACUCCGGGGUAAUAAUCGGCCUUGACAAGACUGAAUCAAAAAUUGAACUAGUUCGAAAAAAAGUAUCAGAACGAAAUUUGAAAUCGAUAAAAUGCUUUGCAUUUGAUUCCACAAAAGCGCUAGCGGAAAAUACAGAGAUUUCUGACAUCACAAAGGGUCCACCCUUUCCUCCUGAAUCGUUCGAUCGAAUUCUCCUAGACGCCCCAUGUAGCGCUCUAGGAAAUCGACCGUUAUUGAAUUGCAACCUGAGCACGAAAAUGUUGCAAUCCUAUCCAAAGGUUCAAAGGAAAUUGUUUAAAGCCGCGGUUGGCUUGCUGAGAAAGCAAGGGAUCCUGGUUUACAGCACAUGCACGAUAAUGGAGAGUGAAAAUGAGGGCAUUGUACGAUGGGCUCUCGAUUCUUUCCCGGAAUUAAGACUCAUCAAAGCUGAUCCAAUUAUCGGAGGUAGUGGAGUAGAAGGUUCUGAGCUAACAGAUGAGGAAAGAAAACUUGUGCAACGAUUCGGCCCUGAAGGCUACGAUGACCCUGUCGACAGUGUAGGAUUCUUUAUUGCAAAGUUUUGUAAGGGAUAA